AUGGGCUCGCUGGGGCGCUGCCUGGCCCGGAGCCUCCCGCGGGGGCAGCCGGGCACGAGCUCCCCCGGGCCCCGCUGCUACGGCUCCGCCCCCCCGGCGCUGCAGGAGAAGACGCUGGUGGUGGCCAAGCCGGACGCGCUGCAGCGGCGGCUGUUGGGGGACAUCAUCCAGCGCUUCGAGCGCCGCGGCUUCAAACUGGUGGCCAUGAAGCUGCUCCAGGCGGACCGGAGGCUCGUGGACCAGCACUACGAGCAGCUGCGGCUGAAGCCCUUCUACCCCUCGCUCGUCGCCUACAUGACCUCGGGGCCGGUGGUGGCCAUGGUGUGGGAGGGCUACAACGUGGUGCGGUGCGCGCGGGCCAUGGUUGGGGACAGCAGCGCCGUGGGGACAAUCCGGGGGGACCUCAGCGUGCACAUCACCAGGAACGUGGUCCAUGCCAGCGACUCCGUGGAGAUGGCCCAGCGGGAGAUCGGCUUCUGGUUCCAGCGGGACGAGCUGGUGGCCUGGGACAGCAGGGACAGGGACAACAUCUACGGGCUCUAGGGUCGGACCCGGCCGGGGGCACCUCCCGACCCCAAUAAACCUGGGUGCCUCCAGCUCUGA